CAUUGCCCUGCUCAGCGGCUCUAGUUCCUUGACACAUAAAUAGUAAAAUCAGUGAUAGUAGUUUCUGCUGGUUACGCAUUGGGAAAAUACAGUGCUUGAGGUAUGUACCUGAACUUAGAGACGAGCAACCUGAAUACCAUCGCGGACUGUGCAAUGUGAUUAUGUUGGGCACAGAAACAACAACAACUGCUGUGGAUAAAAGUUUAUCAGAACCAGAAAAUCACAGCCAGAGUAGGAGCAUUAUGGCAGAUCGGAAUGAUGUGACUGCCCUCGCUGUACCUGCGACCAUCCAACGUGGAGGCUCGGACACCAACCUCAACGUGGACGUGACCGACGGCAUCCUGGAUUUCCACAAGAGUAAAAUCACCAACGACAACCUCCAGCAAAAGAUCCUGAAGAUCACAGAGUCGAUGAAGAUCGAGCAGACUGCUCGUGACGAGAAUGUGGCCGAGUACCUGAAACUGGUCGACAGUGCAGACAAGCAGCAGGUGGCCCGUAUCAAGCAGGUGUUUGAGAAGAAGAACCAGAAGUCUGCCCAUGCCAUCUCUCAGCUGCAGAAAAAACUCGAGCAGUACCACAAAAAACUGAAGGAAAUCGAGCAAAAUGUGCCAUCCAAGAACUCUAAGGAUGCCUCCAAAGACAACCUGAAGGAAAUACAGCAGACCCCAAAGGAUGCAGGUAGCACCCAACGAACUGGCAACUCUGGGCAGGACAGCAAAGAGAAGAGCAAAACGAUAGGACCAGGUGUGUCCUUGACACCUCCCUUUUUUUUCAACAAACCUAGGGAAUUUGCCAACCUGAUCCGUAAUAGGUUUGGCAGUGCAGACAACAUAGCACAACUUAAAAACUCACUAGAUACAUUCCACCCUGAAGGAGGGAGUAGGGCCCUAAGUGGCAGUGCCACUAUUGUUGCCAAGCCCAAGUAUCCCAGCGAUGAUGAGUACUCCAGUGAGACCUCUGCUUCUGCAGACAGCAACGGCAACCACUCCUUUGGCCCUGGAGGCUCCAACACGCUGGAGAGCCAGACCAAGUUUACCAAGAUCUUUGAAGACUUGCAGGAGAUGAAGGAGGUGCAAACCCAGUUAGCAGAAGAUGUUGAAAAUUUAAAAAUUCAAUUUAAGAGGGAAUAUGGAUUCAUUACACAAACCCUGCAGGAGGAAAGAUACAGGUAUGAGCGUUUGGAAGAUCAGUUUAAUGACCUGACAGAGCUGCAUCAACACGAGACCACAAACCUCAAACAAGAAUUGUCCAGUAUUGAAGAAAAAGUGGCUUAUCAGGCCUAUGAACGGUCCAGAGACAUUGAGGAAGUGCUGGAGUCAUGCCAGACCAAGAUCUCUAAGCUGGAGCUCCAGCAACAACAGCAGCAAGUGGUGCAGUUUGAAAACACCAACGCCAAGGUGCUGCUGGGGAAGUCCAUCAACAUCAUGCUGGCCAUUGUCACGGUGAUUCUGGUCUGCGUCUCCACCAUCGCCAAGUUCACUGCCCCCCUCAUGAAGAGCCGACUGCACGUCAUCUGCACUUUCUUUGCUGUCGCCCUCCUUGCCAUAUUCUGGAAGAACUGGGAACAUUUUCAGAUCGCUAUUGAGCGAUUAUUACUACCGAACUGAAGGAAAGUACUUUACUGAUCUGAUGCUGUUUUUUUCGAAAUCUAGUUUUAUAAAAAGUGCUGUACAUGCAGAGAUAAAUACUGUGGUAUAAUUCUCUGUGACGGGUGACAGUGAAAAUGACGGGUGACAUUACUUUGGUUUCCAUAGUUCUGGUAGAGAUUCAACAGAACAGCUAGCCAAGUGUGCAUGUUCAAAGGGUGGUUGUUUUUUUUAUACAAAUGCCUCUGUUGACAAUUAACUGUCGAUGGCUUUUUGAUCUGGCAUCUCUUUCUGACGUGUGGCACCAUAUCGUAACACAAACUUGACUUUAUCUGUAAUACCGCGCCUAAAACAACUCAGUACAAAACUCAGUAAAAAUAAUAAAAAAAAAAAAAAAAAAGAAGAAUAAAACUCGACAUUUUAAACCAGUAGACAAAACACUAUGACAUGUUGCCUUGUUAGGUGACCUUUUCAAAACUUUUGUCUACUGGACUGAAGUUUAUUUUAGUUUCAUUCAGUUUGAUUGAUUUGAGUGUUUGAGAUUUAUAGAGGUUUUAGUAACAAAAAAAAACCUAAAAAAAAGUUCUGUUCGUUUUGCAUUAUACUAUUACAAUGGCUGGCUUGUAAAGUGCAAUAUAGAUGUGGGAUUUUGGAUUGCUUUUUAUUAUGCUAUCUGAAACCCACUGAAAUCCAACCCAAGCCAGCAAUCUACACUGCGCAGUAUACAUGCAUUCAAAUAUCUUGUGAGCUGGAUGGCAGUUGCUUGUAAGACCUGUUAUUCCACCUGAUUAUAAUAAACUGUUUGUUUCUCUUUUCCUAACAUGUUAGUGUUUUUCCUGCUAAACAAGCAAGUUGGGUGCUUCAGUGGCUUAGGUUCAUGUAGGACUGCAAAUGAAGUCCUAGUGAAGAUUGGUACCUGAAUUGGUUCCUAUGGUGAAAAAAAAUAGUUGAACUAUGGUAUUUAAAUUCAAGGUGCUAUUUUUUUUCUCCAAACAAUUACUGUAUUUUUGUUUUGCACCCACACAGGAAACCCAAACUUUAAAUUGUUUUUGCAUUUGUAGAUACAGACUGCAUUCCCAUAUUGUUUGAAAAUUAAAAAGUAAAAAAAAAAAAGAUUUUAUGAAUUUAAUUGAUUUAAUAAACAAAUUAAAACAAAGUACAUGUGACAUGUAUCUCCCUUUCAGAAUUUCAGAUUUCUUGAUCAGUUUUAAUUUUACAUUUCUUAAUACCAAAUCUAAAGCUACUGUAUCCUGCAUGCACUCAAGAACAGCCUUCAUACCUCCACUAUUCACAAGGAAAACACCAGUGGAUUUUCUUUAAUACUGUACUGCAUUGUUUACAUCUAACUUUAUAAUCACCCAGUACGCUUCUUUGUUUAAUUCCCAGAAUUAUUAUUAUUAUUUUUUUUAUUUAUUUAAAUGUGUAUUUUAAUACAAUGUUUGUCCUGUCAAGCUCUUACUGAAUGGAAUAUAUUGAACACUGGAACCUUCCAUUUUAAAUGGCCUCAAAGUAACUGUAGUAAUCGUGGUGGGCCAUUGGACCAGUACCAAAACCCACUUUAUGGUUGAUUUGCUUGAACGGUACUGAACUCCUCCAUGUUUGAUGGUUUAAUGCUGUGCCUGUCUUGUAUGUUCAAAUAUUUGUCUAAAUCUUUAUAGAAAAGUAUUCAUGUGUAAAAGUGUAAUUUAAUAAAUACUGAGAGUUUGUAAUUAUUAGUAUAGUGUCAUACAUUCCUGUUAUUUUUGUACUUUCUAAAUCUACUUCAGAAAUAUUGUGAGUGCUAUGAGUCGACCAACUACACUCAGUUUUUAUGUCAAAGUUAACGUAUAGGGAAUAAGCUUUUUUUUUCUGUCCUAGAAUUACUUUUUAAUUGUCAAACUUGUUGAGAAAUGUUUUUAUUCCUAUGGGCUGGUUUCACAGACCUCCAACCACUAAUCUUGGUCUGCCUAAUAUAGGUAAAGUAAUCUGUAAUGAGGUUCUGAAAAAACCAACCAUAUUUGUUUAAGUCACAGUUAAAUAUACUUUCUAAGUCGAGAAUGUUUUUACUGGGGGUAAACAUGUUUCUCUUGCACAAAGACCAUGUUAGCAAUGUGCUUGUUCAUGUUUUACCAUGUAGAAUAAAAAUGGUCAGGUUUUCAUUCCUAAAAAUGUAACUGCAGUAUUCCCUCUCUUAUGAUAAGGUUACUGUGGUAAGUCUGUGUGGUAUAUUGCGGUAGUUCAGCAUGCAUUACAAAAUGUACCUUUAAUAUAUUUUGCUGUGCUUUACAACACUUUUGAUAAACUACAGUAAAUAAAUCUUUAAAAAUAUUUGACUAUGAGCUUAAUUGGACACACCCGGGGUGGUUACCUCUAUAUAGGGCUCUUUGUUUUCGGGUUUUAUUUUUGGUCAUGUGAUGUCCCUUAAAGUUAUAUUGACCCGACCCGAAAGGCAGUUCCUUAUUUUCAGUUCAAACUGAACACAAAAAGUGAGUUCAGUUAAAUUGCUUUUCCUGGAUUUAAAAACUGAAUGACUCAUUGCAAAAAAUCUUAUAACCUGUUUUGCAAAUACUAGUUUCCUCUUAAUUACGAUUUAAUUAAAUCAAUGUAACUUCACACGCUGUUUGCAUUCAGUUUCAAUUAAAAAUAAGGAGCUGCCUUUUUUUUUUUAACAUUACCAAUUGAACGGAGUCUGAGCAAAAAACAAAACAAAACACAACCGAAAACUACGAGCCCUAGUGGCUAAUUAAGCUCCCAUUAACACCUGGAAGGGCUCAAACUGCUAUGCAAUUGGGAGUCUAAUUUCAAAUCCUGAUCUGUACAUGUUUAUGGACAUCCCUUAUAGUAAUCUAUACUAUGACCCUAUAUUAAACAUAUAGUGACAUAAUCAAAAUUAUGGACCAAUGAACUGACUGUAGGAGAUAUGAGAUGUAUAGAACAAAUAUGGAUGUUGCCUCAUUGUUUGAGCACAUUUUAAAGAAUAGGAAUUUGUUUUGGAUUGUAUAUUGUAAAAUUAAAAAUUUUAUAAUUGAGAAUACAUGUUUUCUCUAUCUACAUUACUACUAUUCUUUUUAUUAGUAGGACAAAUUUCAAAACGAAUUAAUUGCUUGAUAUGUCAUAAUAGAUUUGGAGCACAGCUGCAAGAUUUCAUAGUUUUGCAACACUGUUCACGUUUGUCAUUUCAAACCUGCUUUGCAAUUUCUUCCUCAUCAAAGUAUUUGCUAUGUUGUAUGCUUUAAAACGGGUCUGUUGUGAAUGAUAAAAUCCCAAAGCAUAACAAAA